UAGUCUAAGACCGCCUAUACAGAUACUGUAGCCAGGCUGCGCGCCAAAUCACACACAAGCUCAGUCUCAAAACCAUUCAAACCAGUACGUACAAGAUAGUGAAGCCCAUGGCGCAGCUUCCGGCCGUGCUGCCGCCGCUGGCGCUCGUCGACGGGGGGCGCAAGAAGCGUGCUGGGCUCCCGAGGCUCCUGCACAAAUUCUUCUUCAAGGUUCUGCGGCUGAGGCCUGCGUCGUCGUCGUCGGCAGCGGAGGGCGGCGCGGCGGCGUUCGAGGCGUACUACGGGUACCGGAUGGUGGAUGAGUACUACUACUACAGCUACGGCGGGUCGUCGUGGGCCGGGGUGCUCUUCUCCAUCCCAGAGGAGGAGAGCUCCGAGGAGGGCACGCCGGAGUCUGUCGUUCGGCCUGGCCCAUCCGCGCUCCGGAAGGCCCACUCCGACUCGGAGCGGUUCAUCGCCGCCGAGGCAGCCGCCGUCGUGCGCCUCGAGGUCAUCUUGUGAUUAAAACCGGGCACCGCUGCUGAGCUCGGCGUCUGAAGGACAGGAGGGCGCCUGCGCCGUCCGAUCUGAACUCGAUGCUCGGAUGACAGCAGUUGCGCGGGUUUAAGGGCGCAUAUGGGCUUGCUGAUCCUCGCAACACACUCAGGGACCAUGCCUGUCAGUCCUGGAAGUUGCAGGAUUCAUCGACGGCUUGAAAGGACCAAACUCAAGCUGCAAAUACACUCGAGAGUAGUUAGGCUGCCACUUAGGGAAAUAAAGGAGUCCUGUUUGCAUAUCACAAUAUCAAACUCAGUCCUGUCUAUUAGUUAGUGACAAGAGUUGUGUGCAUAGAUGACACAAAGAUGGAUUUCAUGUACUCGGAUUCACGUAUUAGAUUGGAAAUUCGGGAAGAUUUUUCCUUCAAUUCCUCUGGGAAUUGAAUGGUUUCAAACAAAAGUUUCCAUGGCCUGAACGUGGGUGCUACUGUUAUGUAGCAGUAGAAGUUGCUGUCUUGUU